AUGGUCUCGAUACAACAAUUGUCGCUAAUGGUCAAUCAACAUCUUGGUUUUCUCACAUGUACCGACGACGCAAAAAACUGUAUGAAAUGGAAAAUCUUCGAUUCUCCUUUAGGUGGCAGAGGCCUUAUCGCUACAGACGAUAUAAAAUCCGGUGAAAUUGUAUUUGUUGAUCAUCCACUAGUAUACGGCCCACGAUCCGGAACUAUUGUUCAACGCGGGUGUACUGUUUGUAGAAAUAUCGAUAGUGAUACGUUAUACAAAUGUUCUAAAUGUGCGUUGUUAUUGUGUUCGGAACAGUGUCAAAACAGUAGCACUCAUUUAAGUGACUGUAGUGUAAUUUCCUGUUGGCCUAACAAAGUGCCUAUCGAGGACAUCGAUGACACACUAAUGUCACGUGCACUAACAGCGGUACGAGCGUUGUCGUUAAAUAAAGACCAAAAGAAUCUUCUCACUUCCCUUCAAGCACAUGUGUUACAUCAACACGGGAGCGAAAUAAGGGCUUUGAAAGAAUAUUUUGACAUAUUUGCACAAGAUGAAGAAUUUAUGACACUCGUUUCAUGUAUACUCGACGCCAAUGCCUUUCAAAUGGCAGUACCGUAUGGAAAGAAAGAAAUGAAUUUGCGAGGAAUUUAUCCGGUAUCCUCACUAAUGAACCAUAAUUGUACAUCCAACACCAGGUAUUCUUUUAACGCUGAAUCUCAUAUGACAGUUAGAGCAGUCAAACCUAUAAGAUCUGGUACAGAAAUAUUUACAUGUUAUUCUGGGAUGUUGUGGGGUACACCUGCUCGCCGACUUCAUCUGUAUAAAACGAAACAUUUCCUUUGCGCUUGUGAACGUUGCUCGGAUCCAACCGAACGAGGUACUCUUUUGGCGGCACUUAAAUGUUUCUCUACAGAGUGUUCGGGUUCGCUUUUACCUAUAGAACCAUUAAAAUCUAACUCAGCUUGGCGGUGUUUAGAAUGUGGACUAAAAGUUCCAUUCUUAAAUAUAAGCACUCUACAAAAUGCUUUGGGAAGUCUUAUGGGUUCCUUAGACUUCGACAAUAUUUAUGAAUUAGAAAAGUUUUUCUUAAACAGAAUAACAAAAUAUAUUCCGAAAACUAAUCAAAUCUACGUUGACCUACAGUGUCGACUAAUAUGGGAAUUAGGAGAAACUGAAGGACUCCAUUGGGCUGAGCUAUCGGAGUCUCGCUUGGAGCUGAAGGAGAGCCUGUGCCGAGGCACGCUCCGCACGGUGGCGGCGUUGGGCGCGGGCGACGCUCACCUGCGUGGCCUGCUGCUGUACCACCUGCACGCCGUACUAGCAGAACGCGCCCGCCGCUCGCCAGACCUAUAUGAGGAGCUGAAAUCAGAAAUUGAAACUACCAUAGAACAAGCGUAUAACAUCCUUCUUGGUGACAUAUCUGCGCCGCCCGAUCUCGAGCUAAGAAGAGAGUACCUCGGACCAGGUUGCGAUAAGCCUCACGAAGAAAGGUUUUUUAUCCUAGAUUCUCCAGAUAGAAUAAUUAAUUAAGCUUAAUUACGAGUAUUAUGUUUAUAGUAUGUGUAUUUAAAAUUAGUGAAUUUAAGUUGAGAAAAAGGGAGUACUAUUAUAAUAAAAGUCCUAGUUGUUUAUGUUUCAUUUAUUUGUAUCUAUCCAUUCUGCGUGUAAUAAUUACUAUCCGAAGGAAUCAAACAAUAAACGUAUGACAAAUUA